GUGAAAGUGAAACAGGACGUAUCAAAAAUGUGUUGUUUACCUUUAGAUGUGGAAAGCCCAAUGUAGGCUAGAGGUGUAUUUAUAUUUUGGACAUUAAAGUAUUUACAUGGGUGCGGGUGUUACGUUAAAGAAUGAACGAUUGCUUUAGUAAAUGUAAGAAGAAAGCAAUACAAGGUGAUAGGACUGUGUACGUAGGAAGCAAACGUCUGCCUGGAGAACAUGUAGAAGUAGUUGUUCCUCACAAAUAUCCUGACAACAGAGUUAUAUCUUCAAAGUAUACAUCAUGGAAUUUCAUACCCAAGAAUCUGUUUGAACAGUUUAGAAGAUUGGCUAAUUUCUAUUUCCUUUGUGUAGGAUUCAUUCAGUUGAUAAUCGACAGUCCAGUUAGUCCAGCCACUAGUAUAACACCAUUGGUAUUUGUAGUAGUGGUUACAGCAAUUAAACAGGGUUAUGAGGAUUGGCUCAGACAUAAAGCUGACAAUGAGGUUAAUAACAGAGAGGCAUAUGUUGUCAGGGAUGGCAAGGUGGCACAAGUUAAAUCUAUGGACAUAACGGUUGGUGAUAUAGUAAAAGUCAAGUUGAACCACAGCUUUCCAUGUGAUCUGGUAUUGUUAUCAUCACAUGAUACAGAAGGAAAAUGCUAUGUUACGACAGCAAAUCUUGAUGGAGAAACCAAUCUAAAGACCCAUUACAGUAUACCAGAUACCAAACAUUACCAGACUGAUGGAGAUUUUGGUUCUUUGCAUGCUAUGAUAGAAUGUCAACAGCCCAUUCCAGAUCUCUACAAGUUUGUAGGCAGAAUGACUGUAGAUAAAAAUGGUGAAAAUGCAAUGAAAUCUCUUGGACCAGAAAAUGUGUUACUCAGGGGAGCCAGACUUAAAAAUACACCUUAUGUUUAUGGUUGUGCAGUGUAUACAGGUUCACAGACAAAGAUGGCCUUAAACUCCAAAGCUAAAUCUACCAAAUUCUCUAGAGUUGAAAGGGGACUCAACACAUUUCUAUUAGCUUUUAUUGUGAUGUUACUAACCGAAGCUUUAAUAUCAACAAUUUUAAAAUAUUGGUUUGUCAGACAAGACUUCAUGCAGAACUCAUGGUACCUCCCUACUAUACAGAAUGAGAAAAAAUUAACAGUAAAAUCAGCAUUAGAAGAUUUCCUGGCUUUUAUGGUGCUAUAUAACUAUAUCAUACCUAUCUCAUUAUAUGUUACUGUAGAGGUACAGAAGUUUGUAGGCUCCAUGUUUAUAGGAUGGGACCUUGAGAUGUAUGAUACUGAGAAUGACCAGCCUGCUAAAGCUAAUACUUCUGAUCUAAAUGAAGAACUUGGCCAGGUAGAGUAUCUAUUUACUGAUAAGACUGGUACAUUGACAGAGAAUGAUAUGCAGUUUAGGCAGUGCUCUAUACAUGGCAAGAAAUAUGAAGAAGUGGGAGGAAUGUUGUGUGAAGUGUCCCUGACAGGAGGACAGAGUAUGCCUGUACAUAAACUUACAGAAAAUGGAUGCUGGACGCCAGAAAUAGAGGAAUUUUUUGCCUUACUUGCCUUAUGUCAUACAGUCCGUGUGGAUCAUCCUGAGAUGCAUCAAACAGGGGCAGCAUAUGUGUAUAGUCACACUGGUAUGGAGUAUGAAUACCAGUCAUCAUCACCUGAUGAAAAGGCUUUUGUAGAGGCUUGUAGAAGGUAUGCAAUAAUAUUUCAUGGUCUGAAGGAUGGCAUGCUUGAGAUUACAUUUAAGGGUAAAAUGAAGAGAUAUCAACAGCUGCAUGUGCUAGAAUUUGACCCAACCAGAAAGAGGAUGAGUGUCAUUAUCAAGAAUGAAGAAGGAGAAGUUUAUCUUCUGUGUAAGGGUGCUGAGUCAGCAAUUCUAGACCGAGUGAUUGAAGGAGAGAAACAGAUAACCUUACAACAUGUCAAUGAGUUUGCUACAUAUGGAUUAAGAACACUAGUACUUGCUCAAAGAAAAUUAUCAGAGAAAGACAUAGCAUUAUUUGAUGCUAAGCUACAGGAUGCAAGGACAUCCCUACAGAAUAGAGAAGAGAAAUUAGCUGAGGUGUUUGACUUUAUGGAGAAUGAACUACAUGUCCUAGGUGCAACAGCAAUAGAAGACAAACUACAGGAAGAUGUUCCUAAGACUAUAGAGUCCUUAAGGAUGGCUGGUAUUAAGGUCUGGGUGUUAACAGGAGAUAAAGAAGAAACAGCAGUCAAUAUAAGUUACUCCGCUGGUCAUUUUAAACAAGGAAUGACAGAGCUAAGGCUGACCAAAAUUACUGAUUCAAUCGAAUGUGCUGAAGCUGUCAGGAAACACAUGAUAAGUGCAGAGAACAAUUUUUCUCAAGGAAAACAUAAUGCACUGAUCAUAGAUGGCACCACUUUAACACAUGCUCUAUAUGACCAUGGUGAUAUACUAAGAGAUCUUUGUCAUUUAUGUGUAGCUGUGUUGUGUUGUAGAAUGUCUCCAUUACAGAAAGCUGAGGUUGUAAAACUGAUAAAGAAUGGUAAGGAUGCUCCAGUAACAGCUGCCAUAGGGGAUGGAGCUAAUGAUGUCAGUAUGAUACAAGAGGCCCAUGUUGGCUUAGGAAUAAUGGGAAAAGAAGGAAGACAAGCAGUGAGGAACAGUGACUAUGCAUUCUCUAAGUUUAAAUUCCUAAAUAGAAUGUUAUUGUUACAUGGUCAUUUCUUUUACAUCAGAAUAUCUACUCUAGUCAACUAUUUCUUUUAUAAGAAUGUUGCUUUUAUCACUUCUCAGCUUUUUUACAUGUUUUUCUCUGCAUUUUCACAACAGUCCUUAUUUGAUUCAUUCUACCUGAUGUUUUACAACAUAACAUUCACAUCAUUACCAAUAUUUCUGUAUAGUUUGUUUGAGCAGCAUACCAAACAGUCAACAUUAUUAGAACAACCACAGCUUUACAAAAAAAUAACCAGAAAUCGCAAAUUAAGUAAAAAAUAUUUCAUACAGUGGAAUGCCUUAGGUUUAUGGCAUGCUGUUGUGUUUUUCUUUGGUGUGUUUCUGAUGUUUAAUGGUGACAUCACAUUUUAUAAAAAUGGAAAGAUGAUGGGGAACUGGAUGCUUGGUUCAGUAGUGUAUAUAACAUGUGUAUUAGCUGUCAAUAUCAAGCUUGGUUUAGAAACAUAUUACUGGAGUGCACCAAUUUUCUUCUCUUAUAUUUUUGCCUUUGUGGGGAACGUUGCAAUGACAUCUCUUUAUACUGGCUUGUUAUGGCCAGAUUUGAUCAUUAGCCAUCAAGACUUUUAUCAUUUAUUUUUUGUACAUGUGUCAUGUGGACCAAUAUGGUUGUGUAUGAUCAUAUUGAUUGUGAUUGCCUUAUUACCUGAUAUUGUCAUACGGUGUAUUACUGAUAUACAGAAGACAAAAAAUGAUAGUAGACGGAGUUUGAUUUUUAGGCAGAUGGUUUUAACAGACUGAUAUGAUUAUCUAUAGAAUCAUAUCCACAUUCGGAUUCGACGAUACCUCUGAAGGAGUUGUCUCCACUUGAAACAGAGAAAUUUGUCACAACUAGUGAUGAUUCUCCACAGCUGAAAUCCUUUGUACAAAAAACAAACUUGUGAUAUAACUUUUUUGCAUAUUGAUAAUGUUUAACAUAUCGUUUCAUUUAAUUUGUUAAUGCAGUUAUAUUUAUGAAAGAUUGAAGAAUAUUGAAUUGUCCUAUGCAAAGGUAUGUACUUAUAUGUUUGAUAUAUUUUCGUUGGAGAACUUAACCUUAAAUAUCUAAAGUAUAUAUUGAUUUUCACUAAAGUUGUUUGUUUUAUUAUCAAUGUAGUUAAUAGUCUUUAAUGUUCUAAACACAAAAAAGGGAUCAAUAAGUGAUUUUGACCUUGCCAUAUAGUACUGGUGCUCAUCAUUAAGGGCAUACGACACAGUUUCGAUCCCACUGUGAUUUAUUUACGAAAAUUUGCAUACAAGCUAUUUUUCACUUGGUCAAUUAAAAAAUAUACCUUCAUGUUCUAAAUUUAGAGUAAAAUGGGGUUGAAAUUUUAGACAUUUACCUAAAACUUCUGUUUCUUGGACAUUUCUAUCCUUUGGAUAGACAUAUUAAACUUUUUGUUUCAAUAGAUUAACACAUGCAGAUUUAUGUAAAAUGAUUUGGAAUAUCUUCUUUACAAAAGUAUCCUCUUAAUUUGUGUAACAAUUCUUUGGAAAUAAUUCAUUUUUAUUAAAUUUUCAAGAUUUUAGGAAAAAAAGGCAUUUUUUGCUGUAUAUUUAUCUAAUUUAAAAAAAAAUCAUCGUUGAUUUCUUUAUAAAAAUUGGAAUAAAUAAUCUUCAUACAGUUUCAAGUCAAAUGUCAUUUUAAAAAAGAGGGGUCCAUGUACUCGUUUUCAAGCUAAUGAUUAAAAUCACUCGAAAAAUGCAUCUUUUCCCGAUAUGUCACAGUUUGACGUUUAAAAUAACAUUUUAUGUUAGCAAUGUCAUUACCUCCCCUGUAACUGUAUCAUGUGCCCUUAAAGACCGCAUGUUGACUUUGGUUAAUUUAGGUUGGUUUUCUGUCAUAUUGACAUUUACCAUACCUACCUUAGAGAAAAUGUAAUAUACUUUUGCAUAAAAAUGCCUUUUACCAACUUAAUUAUAUUUAUUUUUUUCUAAAUCCUGAACAACCUCAUAUCUGAAUUCUGUUGUUAUUUAAAGCUUUAAAAAAAACCUUAGAAAUUAUAAGGACCAUGGCUACCAAAAUUGUAUUAAAUCAUCCAAAGCUUAGCCAUAGAAUGAGCUUUAAACCAUUGAAACAUUAAGGUCAAAGUUCAGGGUUAGAAUAUCAUGGAUUUGUACGCUUUAAGGCACUAUUGAGCUAAAUUCUUGCAUCUUAAAUCUUCACUAAAUCUUGAUUUGACCAAGAGUAGAGAAUCUAAUUUUCUUUGCAAUUGGUGGAACUUGAAACCUGUCAAUAAAAAGAGAUGAGGUUCAUACAUCAAUAAGACAACACCCUAACAACACAAA